GGCCACACAGACACAUCGAGGGGCUGCAGAUUUUGUUCCUUUUUUAUAGAUUCUAGAAGCACAAAUUUCGUUGUUUGGUCUAAGCCUAUGACCGACCAGGAUGACGAGUUUAUACGUGAGAAAAAAGAUACCUGCUUUUGUUGGCGACUGUCAGACCAAGAAGGAAAAUUCAGUGCUAAUUGGGUGACGAUCAUUAACCACUCUACAAGAAAAUUUGUGUGAUUACCAAUACAAGAAAAAGUUAAAGUAGUCAACAUGUGGCGUGGUCCCGGCACCUGGACCAUUAAGGACGACUCUCUGUAUAACACGGGCCUGGAAAACCUCUCGGGACUUGACAGACACCCGUUAUGUACAAGCUAUUGGCAGGAACCACAGACAGCGAUACACCGCACCGAUUUCGUUCCACCCACACAGACAUACAGGCACCUGAACUACAGUCAGCAUGCUGCCUUUCCCGGACAGAUUAGCAGCUUUAAUUAUUUUCCUCAGUACCUCCCAGGGCAAUCAAAUCCUGGUACCAUCAAUGAUAAUUUCAACGUAUCCACUCCAGCUCGCAGGGUGGAGUACCGUUGGGAAGAGGCGCGCCGUCACCACAACAACUCCGCCAAGAUGAUGGCCGUGGCGUCAGCUGAGAAGCGGCCCCUCAAACGUCAAAAACUAGGACCUCCAGACGUCUAUCCACAAGAUGCCAAACAGAAAGAGGAUGAGCUGGAUGAUGUGAGUGUGAAGCAGGGGUUCACUCACCGGCCACAGAUCCAGGAUGAGUACAGCAGCGCUCAGAACACGUCCAUCACGCCGGCCAAGGUUGCAAAUUACUUUAAUGCCAUCCUCAAGAAGAAGGCAGAGUGCAACCAGCUGCCAGACACAGCCAGGAAGAAACAACAGAUUAAUAUUAAAGACAAUUUCUGGCUUGUCACGCCAAGAUCCAAGGCAGCAAUUGAAGCUUGGUUCAAGGACCUUGCCGGCUCCAAACCUUUGACCUCCCUGGCAAAAAAGGUUCCAAUCUUCAGCAAACGCGAAGACAUGUUCCUGACGCUGUGUGAGUACUCGGUGCCCAUGCUGAGGGCAACAUGGUUCAUCAAAAUGACGUCUGCUUACCAGGAGUCAAAAGUGGCUGAAUCAAAGAUCAAGAAACGACAACAGCCAGACAUUGCACAAGAGUGGACACAGACUCUGACCAGACUCCUGAGGGAACAGCUGAACAAAAUAGCGGAGAUCUACCUUGGCAACCCCUCCGCUGCCACGCCACCUGUGGGAGCACCAGCAGGGAGCAGCACACCGGGCGGCACCAUGACCUCACCAGCCUCAGUCACCAGCACCCCUUCCUCCACACCAGCCCAGCCACCGCAGUCCAGCCCACACAAUCCAGGUUUGUCAGGAUCCUCUGGUGGAAGCACACCAGCAGCUGGGACAGGACAGAACACUACAGCCGCCCAGCUGGCUCAUGUGCUGCGUAACUGGAAUUACUGCCUUCAGUUGGCUCACUUCAUGUAUCAGGAGGGGCUACUUGACCGUCAGGAACUGCUGGAGUGGGUGGUUGAUGCGUUUGUGCGUUGGCGAGGGAGUGAGCAUGACGUCGUGUUGAGGGUGGUGCUGCCCUUGCCUCUGCAGUACCUCGAUGAAAUCACUCAAUCCGAGUACCUCUCCCGUAAACUGGCUCACUACUCCGCCGUAAAACUGACCCAGCUCUGCCACGAUUCAGGUUACUCCUCUCCAAGACCUCAGUCACCUGUUAAUCCAAGCAGUAAUGGGAUCAGUGUGAGUGCCCCAGCAUCAGGCAGUAACCAGCCAGCAGGCUCCACCGUCAACCCUCUCAUGUCCACCUUCCAGGAGUUGCUGUCUUGCCACCAACACCGGCCUGUUGUUCAAGCUACCUCGUGCUUUAUCCAGGCAAUCACCCUUGACUGUCCAACUGCCAUGGUGUGGAACAAUGCUGGGGAGGGUAAAGCAUCUUCCUGGCUGACUGGCUCCCCUCUAGACCUCCUCCCCUGCCCCCCCUCAGACCUGCCCAUGCCCCCACGCUACAACAAUCAGCACAUAAGGGCACAGCUGCGUGUCAUGGAGGAACACAUUCGUCAACGAAGUCGGUCAGCAGAGAACAGGUGGUCGCUGGACAAGUAUGCCGUGAAUGUUGCUGGCUCCACCAUCAACCGGGUGUUGGGUGCGCUGGACUCUCUGGAUCGUCACUGCUUUGAUCGCGUCGACUCAAACAAUUCUCUCGACACUCUGUAUAACAAAAUAUUUGGGUCUUCAAAGGAAACAACUAAUGAGAACCCAAGCAGCAAUAGCAGCUGCAGCAGCACAGCUUACCCUGGAAACAACAGCAGUAGCAGUAGCAGCAGCAACAAUGCAGCCAACAAUAGUGAUGAAGCCAUUGUGAGGACCCUGUGUGAGUGGGCCGUGUCUGUGCAGCGCUGCGGGGAACACCGAGCUCUGGUUGUGGCUCGCCUCCUGGAGAAGAGACAGAAUAAUCUUUCCCAAGCUGAAAAUGACAUGCCAGAUGAAAAAGACUCGGUGACGUCAAACCAGAUGGUGACGCCAGGCGGCUGCACCUUCCAGGGACUGUUGUUGAAGUUUUUGGACACCAAGGACUGUUGUUGAAAAGAUUGUUGAUUUACUAUUCAUAUUGCACCUGUGUAUGAUGAGAAUGCAUUGUCUGUACGGUCUCAAGAGUUUGGUAAUUUGGUGCUGUUAUUCUCUGAGCUAAUUCGUCAAGAUGUGUUCAGUCACGACACAUACAUGUGCACCCUCAUCUCCCGGGGAGACUUGGCCACCGGCACUCCCGAUCUGAAGGCGGACUCGUCGUUUGGGGAGAAGAAAGAAGACGGCACUGAUAACAUUGACGAUGACCUUGGGAAGAUAUUACAAAAGAUUGCAGUCAACACCAGCUUGGAGGAGUCGGGCUCAGGGGGAAGAGGAGAGCUGGGAGUGGAGGGCAAGCAGCGACCACCAAGGCACCUUGUGUAUGCCCAGCACUUUCCCCUCCCUCAGGAUGACGCUUACAUGCAUGAGAUCAACCAGCGGUACGUGUUGCUUUAUGGAGUGGGCAAGGCAAGGGAUGAAGCUCGAGCUGCUGUCAAGAAACUAACAAAGGAAAUCAGCAAACUGUUCAGUAAGAAAUGCAGUAAUGACAUCGCAGAAGGCGGCAAAGUAAAGAAAUCAUCACGUGGAGAAUUUAAUUUUGAGAACAUUUUGAGUCGCUUCUGUGCCCUGUCUUACUUUGACCAGCACCACAUCACCAGCACUGUGGCCUCCCAGGUCCUUGAAAUGCUGUCAGGUUGUGGUUCCGGGAUGUCCAACUACUUGCCCACCCAUGACCACAUUGCCUUCCUUAUGGAUCUUAUGGAGGUGGCUCUCAAUGUGCACGGCCUUAUUGAACUCUGCAUCCAGAUCAUAAAGGAAGUGAAUGAGAUAGAGGCUCAGUUGGUGGAGCGAGGAUGCCUGGCUGGCUGGUACUGCCCCACGCUGCUGCUUCAUGUGGUGGGAGUGCUCAGGAAGUACCACUGCUGCCUGCUGGUGUCACAGGAGCAGACCUCGGCCAUCUUUGAAGGGUUGUGUCGGCUGGUGAAGGCCAACCCCUCAGAGUGUACCUCCCCAGAGCGAGUGGUCUUCUCCUACCUCUAUGAUCUGUACGCCUCCUGCUCCUUCCUCAAGUCGAAGCACCAUGAAAUCUUCUCCACCAUGUACCCCAAGCUGAAGCAGACACUGUACGCCAGCAUCACCCCGGCACAGGGCACUUACCGCUGGAAUUUGCAGUUUAUGGAAGAUUACAUAAAGAAUCCAAAAUUGAAAGUUGAUGCAGGGAUCCUGAAGCAGCUGACGGACCCCACCAACCGGUACAGCUUUGUGUGUAAUGCAAUCAUUGAUGCCUGUUCUCCCAACACCUCCAAUGAGAAGCUGAAUGACAUGGCUAUCCUGUGUGCAGAGCUGACAGCCUCCUGCAAUGCACUCUCGGCUGAGUGGUUAGGAGUGUUGAAUGCUCUGUGUUGCUCCUCCAAGGACAGCCCAGGAUACAUUGAUGUGCUGGGACAAGUUGGUCUGCGUGACCCUCACUCCACGCCCACCAUCCACAGCUCCCUGGCAGUGUUCACGGCAAUACUCAUCGCUCGCCACUGCUUCACUCUCCCUGAUUUCCUCAAGUGUGUUGCUUUGCCGUCUUUAAUGGAAGCAUGGAACACAGGGGAGGGCAACCCUGAUGCUGAGCCUGGUGCCCGCCUCACCUGCCACCUGCUGCUGCGCAUCUUCAAGAGUGUGGACACGCCGCAGCCAGCACAGUACUCAGCAGGUUCGUCCCAGAGUGUGCCAGCUGGAAUGUCACAGCGCAGCAUCCGUCUGAGCUGUGACCGCCACCUGCUGGCUGCCGCCCACACAGCCAUCACCCUGAGUCCUCUUCUGGCUGUCCUCAAGGCAAUGUUGAUUGUCAGUGAUGUUCUGAGUGGACAGAGCAAAAGUCAGGCUUCUAUAUCUGAUAUCCUUGGAACGUCUGACUUAGGUAGUGGCUCCAAUGAUUCAGAUAUGAUGGGGAAAGAUGCAGAGAAAGCCAGCCUGGCUGACUUUGCCCGCUAUGCCUUGAGGCAAAUCUGUUCCCAAGAGUGGGUGAGGGAACGCUGCCUCAAGAUUCCUGAGGAGCUGUGCAGCGCUGAAAACCUCCUGGACAGCGCCCUCACUCCCAGACAGGCCCAGAGACUGCUGCACCAGAUCUGCCACCCUGACUCCCCCAGCACUCACAAUGACUCCUCGCAAGACCAGCGCACCAUCAUCUCCCACAUUCUCCAGGACCUCGAUGAGUGGAGCUUACGGAUCUCUUGGCUGGACCUGCACUUGAUGUAUGAGCAGCAGCGAGGCUCACCCCAGGAGCUGAACACCUGGCUGGACAACGUGGCCCAGGCAGCCAUAGAAGUGUUCCACCUCAACCACGACCAGGACCAGUCUCCCAUGUCACACUCACUCUCCAAUCACCGGACUUGUAAGCCUCAGUCAAUAUGCCUCGUGGCUCCCCUCAUCUCCAAGCUCCCCAAGGCUGUGCAGGGCAGAGUGCUCAAGGUGGCAGGUCAAGUACUGGAGUCUGUAAACUUUGGAGCAUACUCUGGUAACUCAAAGCCGACAGAUGAUGAGACGACUACUACUGAGGGUGUGGUGACCAGCCCCCCACCUAGCCACAGCCAGCCUAGCAGUGUGAGCAGCAGCAACGGGAUGGAGAAUGUUUGUGGUGGCAGGUCUCUGGGACACUGGCCCCUGGCGUCUCACCGUCCUUUCCUACAGUUGGUGCUGAUGUGUCUGGACGGCCAGGACGACCAGCUAUCUGAACUGUUAGAGUCUUUAAGAACACAGCUCACACAGUCACUCUUCUAUCCAAAAGAGGUAUGACCACUACAUGUUAUGCAGGAAAAACCCGGAGCACUGCAAGUGACGUUCCCCGAAGACUGUCGGAGUCGGCAGCUGAUGCUGGAAGCUCUGAGUCUGAGGUUUGCACUUGUGGGAGGACUGUUUGACUUCAUCACUUCCUCUUACUCCAACUCCAUCAUCACUGAGUGGGCGCUGCUGCUUGUCAACCUCAUCACCUUUGGAGUCAUAGAUCUAACAAACAACAGUGAGCUGUUCAACACAGUGCUGGACAUGCUGGCAACACUGAUCCACUCCACCCUUAUGUCCGACGCACCAUCAGAGUCUCGAGAGGAGAACAGGAGACACUACUACAACUUGGUCAAGAAGAUCAAAAAGGACAUUGGUGAGCGAAACAACGUGUCGUUGCGACUGGUGCGUCAGCUCAUUCCUCUGCCAAAGCUGCAGGCAGAGGUGAUCACGCUGGAACCGUGGGGCUCAGUCACUGACACUAAAGGCAAUCGCCUUCAAGAAUUUGACAAGGAUAAAAAGCAUGGCCUACAAGCAGCAGAAAAGCAAAAGCUUAGUCCAUGGGAUCUCCUUGAUGGACACCGCAACCCUGCUCCGCUCUCCUGGGCGUGGUUUGGAGCCACUCGGCUGGAGCGCAAACCUCUCAAGUACGAGGAGGCUCAUCGCUUGCUGAGGUUCCACGCACACACAGUCACCAAGCCUCUGUCCUUCUACCUGGAGCCACCACCUCUCCCCCCUGAAGAUUUGGAGCCAGUGCCAGACAAGCAGCAAGUGAAGGAAGAAGUGAAGGCCCCAGACACCCCCACCUCUGACCAGUCCCCUCGAGGUGCCUCCAAACGGGGAUGCAAAAACCAGCGCACUCGCCGCCGUGCAUCUCGCCCCGUGCCCACCGUCAACAACAUGGCCAGUCCAACUAUGCAGGCCAUGACCUACCAGCCCACAGGCUUCACAGGACCUGCACCCAACCAGUGGAACACAGGAUUUGGUCAGCAGCAACCUCCACAGCAGCAGCAGCCAUUCUUCAAUCAGCAGCCCCUCCCACCAGCAAGUGGUACCAGGUUCUCCUCACCAAUGUCACACAGUCGAGUGGCCAUCCGGCAAAUGCUUGGCCAGCGUCACCCUGGUGGUCCUCCUGCCAUCAUGACAGGCCAGCCCGCCAACCCAGCCUUCACCAACAUGCCUACUGGGGCCAUGACGGGGAUGGCACGGCAGGGACCCAUUCUCAGACCAAACCUACGAGGUGGUCUGGGUGGACCCCAGCAAGGACCAAUCUAUGGCGCUGGUGGGGCCAUGCAGGCCGGCCCCAUGCCACAGGGAAUGCCAGGCCAGGGAGGCCAGAUGUACUCAGCCAUGAGUGCAGCAGGACCAGGAGGGCCCCCUGGUGGGCCAGGUGGCCCGGGCCAGGGCAGCAUGGGCCAGUAUGGUACCUAUCAACAAGGACCCAUGCCUAGUGGCCAAAUGAUGGCUCAGGGCCCUGGUGGAGGCAGUGUGCCCACAGGGCCAGGUGGCCCACCUACCACCAUGAUGGGUCAGGGAUACCAGCCUGGCUAUCAGGGCAACCCCACCAUGAUGGGCCUGCGCCAGCAACAGCCAGGUGGUGCCUACAUUGGCCAGGGCAUGAGUCCAUCACAAAUUGUUCAGCGACCACAGUACAUGCAGGGUCCCAGUGCUAACGGCAGCAUGGGCAUGAUGAGUGGAAACCAGGCAUACACUCGUCCAGGCAUGCAAGCCAUGGGGCCUGGGCAGGGCAUGGGCCCCGGUGCACAGGGCAUGGGCCCUGGUGCACAAGGUAUGGGCCCAGGUGCACAAGGCAUGGGCCCAGGUGCACAGGGCAUGGGCCCCACCAGUGCCAGUCUGAUGAGGCAGCGCAUGAUGCUGGGCGGAGGACCCACGGCGGCCACACAGGCAGGGCCGGGAGGUCCUGGCCAAGGGGGAGCCCUCUUGACACAUCUGCAGAGACCUAUGGGUUCAGUACAACAGCAGCAGCAGCAGCAACAGCAGCAACAACAGCAACAGCAGCAACAACAGCAACAGCAACAACAACAGCAACAGCAGCAGCAACAACAGCAACAGCAGCAACAACAGCAUCAACAACAGCACCAACAGCAGCAGCAACAACAACAGCAGCAGCAGCAACAACAACAGCAACAGCAACAACAACAACAGCAGCAGCAACAGCAGCAGCAGCAGCAACAACAACAGGCAUACCAGUGCACCCACCAGAUAGCAACGAGUCAAGAGAUGCUAGCUGAGAUCAUUAAGAGAUAUUAUGGAAUGCAGCACAUGUUGUAGUGUCCCCAUAUCAGAUAUUAGUAUUUUUUUUACUUGCAACAUGCCUUUCUUUAAUUCAAAUUACUCCAAUACUGAGAAGUUGUUUGACACUGAAAGAAAAUAGGUUUCAGAAUAGUAUCGUCUAGUGAUGAGCAUUUUAUUGUACAAGUCUUUUCUGCAUAAAGAACUCGCAAUCAAUCAUUAAAGAUACAUGCAUACUUUUUAAUGCCUAAAAUUUUAUUUAAAAAUAUAUCAUGAUCAUACAUUCAAAGAUAAAAUGACUAUCAAGAAAGGCUACAGAGAGGAAAUGUAAUCCAGUACUGUACAAUAUGGAUUUUGUUGAUCCUGUGUAUUAUAGGCAAAGAGUGUGUGUGUGUGUGUGUGUGUGUGUGUCAGGAAAAUUUGCUGUAUAGCAGUGAAGUAGAAAGAUUUUUUUAACUUCUAUCCAGUAAUUUUAAAAUGUGAAUCAGUCUUAGAUAUUAAAGUUUCAAGGACAUAACUGAAACAGAUGAUUUCCCUGCUUGAAUACCAGGGACAUUGGAAAUAUUUGUUUAAUGUGGGAGAAUCAAGCUUAUCAGUUAAUGGUUCCCUGGUUGAGUUACCGAUGGCUCCCUAGGUUUUCACCAGUGAUGGCUCUUCUUUCAGUGGUUACAUACUAGCAAGUUCAUCAGCCUCAAUGCCAAGAUGAUUGGUUCCUGCCAGCCACCUCCAGGCAAGAGGCACUGAUGGCAAAGGAAACACUCCUAGAUUUAUGUAAAGCUCUCAACACCACCAUUAGUUGGAAGAAGCCCAAUCUAGAACCCAGACAGUGCACAACUUUCCUAUGAAUGAAAAUGUGCUCAGCAACCUUGAAAGUUUUCCUGACUUGACAUAUAACCUCCAACUAUCUGAAGCAACAGAAACCUUCACAAGUUUUGCCCUCUGGCUUAAUUGGUUAAUUCUGCUUGAGCAUCUUUCCUCCCUGUCACACCUUUCCAGGCUACAGUCUCCAGUGUCAGCUGUUCAGCUACUGGGACAGGACUACAGACAGGCCUCAAGUGAUAAUGUCUUGCCUAAAGAAGGCAGGGAGUACAAAGUUAGCCACCCUAAACACUGUUGUAAGACACUGCAGUGGCUGAAAGUGAACUCGGUUACUCUCCUUAUCCAGUUCAUCUGGGGAGAAUGCAGUAUAUUGACAGGCUUCAACAAGAAAGCCUUAGUCAUUUCUCUGGAAUGGAUGUUCCAUCACCAGGUGUGUGACAAUUUGUAGAAACUUUGGUGUCAUCCUCCACUGGAUCUGUUUGCCAACUAUAUGAACUCAACAUUUUUCACUUUCAUUUCACUGUUUCACAUUCCAGUGGUAGUGGUGAUGUAUGCUUUUCGCCCUGGCACCAUAUGGAGCUCUACAUCCUUCUUCCCUUCUAUGUUGUCAGAAAAAUUAUAAACAAGUUCUACCAUUCUUAGGGAUCAAGCUCAUCCUGGUUGUACCCUUUGGUCUCAAGAGAACGAUUCUGAUCCUUCAGCAAUCCAUGCAAACUCCCAUUGUGGCAGGAUCUUCUUCACCUCUGCUUCCACAUUGUUCACUCAGUGCAGCUAGUGAGGUGGAGACUAUCAAGCAACUCCUCUGAUUUCAGGACUAUUUCCAAAGAGUGUUGAAGACCUCAGUCAUUAAGCAUUGUAAGGCCACGCUUAAUAGCUUGUUUGUACUGAAAGGCUUAACACAACAGAUGACCCAGUAAUGAAGAAUCUAAUCAAGGCCUUUGAGAUUCAGGUUCCCAGGAGGGUAGUGAGGCAGAGUCCCAUCUUGGAAUCUUGAUGUGGUUCUGAAAGCCCUGUCACUAUUCCCCUUCAAACCUUUCUGAAAUCUCAUCCACUGUUAUUGAACUGCAAAACAGGUUAGUGGAACAGGCACACAUCUACAGCCUAACCAUCCAUACACCACCUCAUUAGAAGCCUGUAUACAUGUGAGUAUCAAAAUGCUGAUGUUCCCCAUUACCAAUCCAAGUUUCUUCCUCAGGUGCUCCCACCUUUUAACCUCUUCAGUACUAGAAAAUUUCAUUCACACUAGGAAGGGUCUAUGAAGAUCCAAAGAUUACUGGCUAUUCUUCACUAUUUUAAUCCCAACAGGAGUUUCUGAAGCUGUAUAAAGUCACAAAAUAGUAAGCAGAAUGGAUAUUAAAAUGCAUCAUAGCACUGAAGGGGUUAAUGUGGGGAAUCACUUUCUUAUUCAUAUAGAGCAGGUGGUACAAUAGACCAUUUUUGAAGUCUAAAAGGUUUUCACACGCUUGCUUCACGUGGCCACCCCACCUUCACCUUUCCUCUGCAUGUAACUGUCACUGUCAAAGGAAUGAGUAAUGGUGGUUGUGGUGGAGGGAUUUGAGCAUUCAUUUUGUAUAACAGGUCCACUUCACCUCCACAUAUUAUAUUAAGAGGAGAUAGUUGAUUUUGUCUGUGGUCAGGGAAUGAGCUUUUCACUCUAUCAUUAAGAUCUUAGUCAUGUGAACCAGGCAAGUGACCAAAACUUUUGUAUUGAAUUGAUUUUUAUCUCGCUAGAAUAUAAACUUUGCUUACUAAAAAAAAAAAAUAUUGGUCACCCUUCAUAUUGAUAUACAUUUUUUUAUUUCAAUUUUUUUUUUUUUUUUUUUUAUGUAGGAUAGAGCGCCAGCCAAGAGCAAAAAAAAUAUUACAAAAAAAGGCCCACUUGAAGAAUACAUAUGCUAUCCACUGAGCUGCCAAGAAUAAUCAGUAUAAUAAUGACAAUCUCAAAUCAAUACCCCUAAAUGAUAAAAUGGAAUUGGUAGCAGGUAUUUGUGUGUGAAAAAUCUAUAGCCUUAAUUAACAAUGUGGAAGGGGAUUGGUUAUUUAAAGCUACCAUGUAUCAAGAACGUAACAUGAAUCGUAUUACUUCCAAAGGCUUCCUGGAAUCUUUUUACAUGUUAUAUCUCACCAGACCAAGGCACCACUCACUUGUAUAACUGAACUCAACAAGUGGGAAGGUAAACCAUAUGUAUUUGUUUCAGUGCUUGGACAUUAUUCAAAAUUUAUUGUCUUUAGGUCCCAUUAGAUCAUUUUAUUUAUUUAUAUUUUUUCGCUUUCCAUAAUCUAAAGGCUAAUAAAACCUGUCUCCAUUUAUACAUAUUAUAAAAAUCCCAAGAAGGCUGGGAUUUUCCUGAAGCACUGAAUGGUGUACAUAAAAUUGUUUAAAAUUGUAUCAUUUUUAAUAUUACAAUAUAAUGUUCAACUAUUUUCACUACAGGAACAUGGAUAACUUUGUGGGCAGAUUGUGUUUGCAGAAAAGGGGAAGUGGUGGUCAGCAAUCAGACAGUGACCUCAGCAACCCAAGGUCAAAUCCCACUAAAAGCUGGCCGUUCCUCAAUCCACUGUCAAACUGUUGAACAGUAUCCAAAAGCUACAGCUCAGCCCUGUCUUCAUCACCAAGAGCCACUUUAACCUGCUUGCCCUGCCACAGGGAGCUGCCCACUAUCUAAGCCUCCAUAAAGCAGGAGGGAUGACUCCAUCUAGAUCAAGACUCCAAGUAGUACAAGAGUUGCAACAGAAUUUCCAGCCAGUGCAGUGUGUCACCAACAUUAUAUAUAUAACUGUGGAUAAAAAUAUAAAAGAUAACUACAUAGAUAAAAAUACAAAUCCAAACCUCAUGUAUACAAGAAUUUUGUCACAAACACGACAUGCAAUUUGGCCAUCAAAUGCAAUCUUGCAUAUUAAACUUUGACAUAUUAGUAAAAACUAAUAUUUUGGAGAAUGAUCCAUAGUUCCAGGGGUGCAGUCACCCCGGGACACAUGGCAUGUAUACGAUGUGUGUCCGCAUUCCCUACACGUCAUGAAACCUGACAUAAAGGGACACUAACAAGAAGCAAGGCACCCACUGCUCUACAUGAUGGUGAUGGCAUGAUAUGGGGCAGCAAGGCAUCCAGGUCUCCUUCAGUCCUUGUGCAGACAUUGUUUUAGCUGCUCAUAUAAAGAAUAGCUGGGUUCAUUUGAUUGCACCAACAAUUAACAUAAAUAAGCACAAGUUACAGAUUAAAACCGAUUCCAAUCUUUAAUUUGGAUGUGUUAGAAGUUGCACCAUGGCAAGAUUUCCAACCCCCAGGCACACUGCCACUGACCACUGAGGAGAUGGAGAGAAUAAAGAAACAAGCUGAGACAAAAACAGUUGUUCAGUAUAUUCAUACAAUUUCACACAUCAAGGAAAGGUUCACUGACUCGGGAAAAGUUAUCUACAGCCUUGUCAGUUCAGUUACAUAAAUGCAUUUGUGAAAAUAUACCCUCAGAUACAAGGAAAUUAAUCAUUGUGUGUAGUAUAUUAUCAAUACCUUGUUUUUAAAAUAUCAAGAAGCUUAAAACAUGCACAAAUAAGAGCCACUCUUUAAAUAUAGGUAAAAAACAGCAGCCUCUUGAGCUGAGGUCUCAUCCCAAACAGAAUCAAACUGUGUUAUGCACUGUAUCAUGACUACUUCUCACUGCAAUUUCCUUCUUUGUUCUUAGACAAGCUGCACCAAGUGAAACAUGUUAAUGCAUUGUCAACAAAGGCAUAACUGACAUCAGCUGGAUGUUCCCCAUAACACAGACCAUAAACUUCCGAGGAAAGACUGUUUGUUGGUCACUUUGAUGUAAGUAACUAUCCACACAGUCAUCAAACCACUCCUUGAUGUGUUGACUGGUAUGGCACAAACAUCAUUCUAUUAAACAAUUCUUUAUAAUUAUUGUAAAAUCUGUUAAAUUUCUAUAAAGUAUUUCCAUAUAUCUGGAUCCAAUCUCCAUAUAUUACUUCCCCUUUCCCAUACAAAGGGGAAGCACUCUACACCAUCAGUGCACACUGGCACAGUCCACUCUAUACUGCAUAUCAGUUGUUGUAAUCAACAAACAAAUUCAACAGUCCAGCAUAACAGAAUACUGUAGCUACAUGCACCAAGAUCACUAACAAUACUCAAACUCAUAACUUAAAUAGUAAAAUGUUACACUAAAUUGUAAAAUGUUACACUAUCAAAAUAUGGAAAUGCUUAGCCAUGGAAUUCAUGUAAAUAAUGACUAUCUUCCAUAAUUCAGGACUGGGAUCAGACAUAAUCACAUUGUGUGUGUACAGGACGUACCUCAUCCUUUACCUGUGUACUUAGCUAUGUAUACCUGUACAAAAACACCAGAUCUUUUCAUUCCGAUAAAUACAGCUUCACUGAUGACUA